GGGGAGCGAGAGAGAGAGAGAGAGAGAGAGAGAGAGGCCCGCCCGCUCGCCGGCCGGGCCAGUGUGGGCCAGUGCGUGAGGGCGCGGGGGCCGUGUCAGCGAGACGCAGGGCGCAGCCGCCGCCGCCAAACGGACAUGUUGGAGCCCAGCGCCGCCGCCGCCGCCGCCUGUUCCUCAGCCAGCGAACGGGACUGAGAGCGGGCCCGCCACCCUCCGCCUCUGCCUCGGCCGCAGCCCCUUCCUGCCCAGCCUCGGGCUGCGCUCCGCUCGUCGCCUCCCCCCCAAGCCCCUAGGCCCGGCCGGUUCCUCUGCCCCGCUCCGCCGCGGCGCGAGGUCUAUGUGACCGGCGGGCCCGGAGCAGCCGCCGCCGCCGCCGCCGCCGCAGCGCGAACAUGGACGCCGUCAACGCCUUCAACCAGGAGCUCUUCUCACUUAUGGACAUGAAACCUCCCAUCUCUAGAGCCAAGAUGAUUCUUAUCACUAAAGCUGCUAUUAAAGCUAUUAAGCUUUAUAAGCAUGUAGUUCAAAUAGUAGAAAAGUUCAUCAAAAAGUGUAAACCAGAGUACAAAGUUCCAGGAUUAUAUGUAAUUGACUCAAUUGUGCGACAGUCUCGUCAUCAGUUUGGAACUGAUAAAGAUGUUUUUGGGCCAAGAUUCUCUAAAAACAUAACCGCCACAUUCCAAUAUUUGUAUCUUUGUCCAUCUGAGGAUAAGAGUAAAAUAGUCCGUGUGCUGAACCUUUGGCAAAAAAAUGGAGUGUUCAAAAUUGAAAUUAUUCAACCACUUUUGGACAUGGCAGCAGGAACCAGUAAUGCCGCCCCAGUAGCAGAAAAUGUUACCAAUAAUGAAGGCUCACCUCCACCUCCAGUAAAAGUUUCUUCUGAAACCCCACAAGCCACUCCAAACUCCUUACCAACUGUCCCACAGUUGCCCAGCUCUGAUGCUUUUGCUGCUGUGGCUCAACUGUUUCAGACAACUCAAGGUCAACAGCUUCAGCAGAUCCUUCAGACUUUUCAACAACCUCCAAAACCACAGUCUCCCGCCCUUGACAAUGCUGUGAUGGCUCAGGUUCAGGCUAUCACAGCUCAGUUAAAGACAGCUCCUACACAACCACCUGAACAAAAAGCUGCUUUCCCCCCACCUGAACAAAAAACUGCAUUUGACAAGAAGCUGCUUGAUAGAUUUGAUUAUGAUGAUGAGCCAGAGGCUGUGGAAGAAUCAAAGAAAGAGGAAACUGCUGCUGUCACCACUGCAGCCCCUGCUGCCGUUGCACCUGCUGCCGUUGCACCUGCUGCGCCUGCCACCACAGCCCCUGCUGCCGCUGCGCCUGCUGCUGCCUCUCCUCCUCCACAGACACCCUUCGGAUUUCCUGGAGAUGCCAUGCAGCAGCCAGCAUACACACAACAUCAAAAUAUGGAUCAGUUUCAACCUCGAAUGAUGGGAAUGCAGCAGGAUCCGAUGCACCAUCAGGUUCCACUUCCUCCUAAUGGACAGAUGCCAGCAUAUGGACUUCUUCCUACAGCAUUUCCUCCCAUGGCUCAGCCUGUGAUUACUCCACCUCCGCCGGUGCAGCAGCCUUUCCAACCUACUUUUCAGGCACAAAGUGAACCACAUACGCAGAAGCCACAUCAGCAAGAAAUGGAAGUAGAACAGCCUUGUAUUCAAGAAGUUAAACGGCAUGUGCCUGAUAACCGAAAAUCAAGAUCUAGGUCAGCAUCCAGAUCACCAAAAAGGAGGCGAUCUAGAUCUGGUUCCAGAUCUCGGAGGUCUCGCCAUCGACGUUCUCGAUCUCGCUCCAGGGACAGACGCCGACAUUCUCCUCGCUCUCGAUCCCAGGAGAGACGCGAUCGAGAGAAGGAGAGGGAACGAAGACAAAAGGGCCUUCCUCAGAUCAAAGCAGAAACUGCCAGUGUUUGCAGUACUACACUCUGGGUAGGACAGCUGGACAAAAGGACUACUCAGCAGGAUGUUGCCAGUCUCUUAGAAGAGUUUGGUCCAAUUGAAUCCAUUAACAUGAUUCCUCCCAGAGGUUGUGCCUAUAUUGUAAUGGUUCAUAGGCAAGAUGCUUAUCGUGCGCUGCAGAAACUGAGCCGAGGAAACUAUAAAGUGAACCAGAAAUCCAUAAAGAUUGCCUGGGCCUUGAACAAAGGAAUAAAGGCAGAUUAUAAGCAGUAUUGGGAUGUAGAACUUGGUGUUACAUAUAUUCCAUGGGACAAAGUCAAGCCCGAGGAAUUGGAGGGAUUUUGUGAAGGAGGAAUGCUGGACAAUGACACACUUAACCCAGAUUGGAAAGGAAUUCCCAAGAAGCCUGAAAAUGAAGUUGCUCAAAAUGGAGGUGCAGAAGCAUCACACACAGAACCAGUGUCACCCAUACCUAAACCUUUGCCUGUGCCUGUUCCUCCUAUUCCUGUUCCUGCACCUAUAACUGUACCACCUCCACAGGUCCCACCACAUCAGCCUGGUCCUCCUGUAGUUGGUGCUCUCCAGCCUCCCACAUUCACACCUCCUUUGGGAAUUCCCCCUCCAGGUUUUGGUCCUGGUGUUCCUCCACCCCCUCCUCCUCCACCAUUUUUGCGCCCAGGAUUCAAUCCAAUGCAUUUGCCACCAGGUUUUCUUCCUCCUGGACCCCCACCUCCUAUAACUCCGCCAGUAUCCAUUCCUCCUCCUCACACUCCACCAAUAAGCAUCCCAAACUCUACUAUCGCUGGUAUAAAUGAAGACACUACAAAAGACUUAUCUAUUGGAAAUCCCAUUCCAACAGUGGUGUCUGGGGCUAGAGGAAAUGCCGAGUCUGGUGACAGUGCGAAAAUGUAUGGCUCUGCUGUGCCACCUGCUGCACCCACGAAUCUGCCUACCCCUCCUGUCACUCAGCCUGUUUCACUUCUGGGCACUCAAGGAGUGGCCCCUGGUCCUGUGAUCGGACUCCAGGCCCCAUCGACUGGUCUUCUUGGCGCCCGCCCCGGCCUGAUCCCGCUCCAGCGCCCUCCCGGGAUGCCGCCGCCUCACCUACAGAGAUUUCCUCUGAUGCCCCCGCGCCCCAUGCCGCCACACAUGAUGCACAGAGGCCCACCUCCGGGACCGGGGGGCUUCGCCAUGCCUCCACCUCAUGGAAUGAAAGGCCCCUUCCCACCACAUGGCCCCUUCGUUAGGCCUGGGGGAAUGCCAGGGCCAGGCCCAGGGGGUCCUGAAGACAGAGAUGGAAGGCAGCAGCAGCAGCCGCAGCAGCAGCAGCAGCAGCAGCAGCCGCCUCCGCCGCAGCCGCAGCCACCGCCGCCGUCACAACAGCCGCCCCCAGCCCAGCCGCAGCAGCCGCAGCCUCAGCCGCAGCCGCAGCAGCAGUUUAGAAAUGAUAACAGGCAGCAGCAGUUCAAUUCAGGUAGAGACCAAGAAAGGUUUGGAAGAAGAUCUUUUGGAAAUAGGGUGGAAAAUGACCGGGAACGGUAUGGGAACCGUAAUGAUGAUAGAGAUCAUAGUAAUCGUGAUAGGAGAGAGUGGGGAAGGAGGAGCCCUGAUCGGGACAGGCACAGAGACUUGGAAGAGAGAAGUAGACGCUCUAGCGGGCACCGAGACAGAGAGAGAGAUUCUAGAGAUAGGGAGUCUCGUAGAGAGAAGGAAGAAAGCCGAGGAAAGGAGAAGCCCGAGGUGGCAGACAGGGCAGGUGGGAACCGAACCAUUGAGCCCUCCGUUAGCCAAGUGGGAAAUGUAGACACUGGUGCAGAACUUGAUAAGGGCGAGUGCGAGUCGGCAGUUGUAAAACCUCCUGAAGAGUCACCUGCUGAGGCUACCUCAUCCGUUGAACCUGAAAAGGAUUCUGGCUCAGCAGCAGAGGCUCCUCGUUAGAGACUGGAACUUGUGGAUAUGACAGUGGCGCGUGGAGUGUAGAGCUUGGGGUGUACAGAUGCUGUAUUAUAUUUGCUCCUGCUACAUCACAGCCCCACAGUAGCCGGUGGGGAACUGUAAGCAAUUUGAUUGCUUCCCUUCUAUUUAAAAAUAGCCACAAAAUAACAAAAAAUACUGAGAAUAUGAAUAAAAUAUUACCCCUUUUGCUGUAACUUUUUAAAAGUUUUGACUUUAAAAAGUUUACAAAUCGUAAUUAGAAGUGCUAUUUUUUUUUUUUUUUAAUUUAAGACAAGGUAAUGGUGAAAGCUCCUCAAAACAAUAGGGAUGUUUUUAAUAAACUCUAUUUUCGUAACAAACUUUAAUGUGUGCUAUUCUUCCUACACUGCACUAAGGUGGGGAAAGGAUUGUUCACCAUCAGUUUGAGCUGUUAGACUUACCUGAUGGAAGUAGACAUUUUUUAUGUAGUUAUUUUCAAAAUUCGUUUGUGAUGCUUUUGAUUCUUCGCAUUGCAAUCAUACGGUGAAGGCUAGUGGUUUUAUGUUCAUUGAAAAGCUUGUGUUUGCAGUUUAAUCAAGGUUUCCCGCCCAUUGGCUUUAUCAUAAAUGUUGUCCUUGUAAAGAGUUUGUUGGGGAAAAGCUGGACCCCCACAUUACACCUUGUACUUAUCUGAUCGCCUGGGUAUUAUGUAGACAACUGGUUUUUUUUGUUUUUGUUUUUGUUUUUUACCAUCCCAUUAAAAUCUUCAAAAGGGUAAAACAAAAUCAAGGUUAACAUUUGCAACUAAAAGAUUUUUGUCUGAUAUUCUGAAUGUUUAAGGACUUAAAUGUAACUGUUUCCUGUGAGCCUUGCCUGUUGCCUUUCUUUGCCACCUUUGACUGCACUGCUGGGGAGAGGUAGACUGGACUUUCUGCCCCGUAACAUGCCUUUUACCUGUUUUGGCGCAAAUUUAGGGGGUUAAACUAGGAGAGAGAGUUGUUAACCUAAGAACUAUCACACCAGGACAUCCAAAGCCAAAUCAAGCCUGACAAUAAAGCAGCUUCAUAAACUGCUGUUCCAAUGCCACCACCUGGUGUCACACCUUCCCAAGGAUUUAUGGCCUUUCUGAAGCUUUUUCUCCAAAACUGUUUUUAAAGCUGUCUUGGUCUCAGUGUACUGCUGAGCAGUUAACUCAUUUUUCACCCUCACCCCCAGGCUGCUUUAUUGCUUUGAUUUUAAAUAGUGCUGUGCAGUUUUUCCAGGGAAAAUGUUCUACCUAGGGCACUGUUCCUGUACUCCUGACUUUAGAAAGUAAGGGAAGGUGUGUGGACUGAAGUGCUAAGACCUCUCCUGGAGAAAGUGUUAAAAGUCCGAACUGAAACUGGUUCUGAAGAGAAAGUCUCAUCCGUGGUGUGGAGACCGAGGAUCCAAGGCCGCCAUUUCCAACUGAAAAGUAUUGAGACCACCCUGUUUGUAACAUACUGGUAGUGUACAGGCCUUACCUGUGCAAACAGUAGUGAGCCUGCUACUGUUUGUAAAUACCCAUUUUAACCACUCACUAUGAGCACAUUAUUCAGCAGUUUAAAGAACUUGAACAUGCUACUGUCAGUCUACCUUGGGUUUUUCUCUCCUAAGCAAUUUGCUAUAUUGCAUAAGGUACAUGGUAUAUUUCUGAACAAUCAGGAUGGUCGCUUGUUCCUGGAGCAAACCUCUAAAAUAGAACAUGUGCCAUCUGGCAGAGAAAUUAACCUCAUAAAUCUUGCUUGCAAACCAAGGCUGCCACCCACCUUUCACAGGUUCGCUAAAGACUGUGUACUUUACAGAAAAGUUUGUAAGUCCUUUACAUGAAUGGAAAUGCGAAGUGACUAAGCAUUUAGGACUAAGCAUUUUAGGUUUCCCAAAGUAAAGCUAGCAAAGACAGCCUAUGCGUCUGAGCUGUGCCUUUGGGGUGCUAUCAAGCAGUAUUACAAAAUCUGUUCCACUCAAGCUCCGAGUAAAUGAGGAUCAGCACUAACUCGAGUUUU